AUGGACAGUGGUAGAGGCGGCGGUUUAUAUGGUGGUGGUGGCGACGGCUUAGGUGGUAGAGGUUGGGGCUACGGUGGUCUAUAUGGUGGUGGCGGUGGCUUCGGUGGCGGAGGCUUAGGUGGUUUGGGUGGUGGCGGCGGCGGUUUCGGUGGUUUAGGAGCCGGAGGCUUAGGUGGUUUGGGUGAUGGUGGAGGCGGUUUAGGUGGUGGUGGUGAAGGCUUAAAUGGUUUGGGUGGCGGCGGAGGCUUUGGUGGUUUGGGUGGUGUUGGCGGCGGAUUAGGUGGUUUGGGUGGUGCUGGCGGAGGUUUAGGUGGUUUAGGUAGUGGUGGCGGCGGAUUAGGUGGUUUGGGUGGUAGAGGUUGGGGCUACGGUGGUUUAUAUGGUGGUGGCGGCCCAUUAGGUGGUUUAUACGGUGGUGGAGGCUUCGGUGGUUUAGGUGGUGGCAGAGGCUUAGGUGGUAGAGGCGCCGGCUAUGGUGAUAUAGGUGGGCGUGGCUGGGGCUAUGGCGGUUUAGAUGGUGGUGCUGGUGGUGGUGGUGGUGCUGGUGGCCUAGGUGGUUAUGGAGGUGGCGACAGCUUAGGUGGUUUAGGUGGUGGUGGUGUCGGCUAUAUAUUAGAUGACUGA